AUGAUGUCUCGAGGAGGGUUGCUGCCCCUGGGGCACCACGCGGGGCUGCCUGCCAUGGGCCCUCUCGCCGUGGGGCCCCUAGGUGGCCUCGGCAGCCUCGGCCACGGACUGUUCCACCACCGCCUGGACGAAGACUACGAAGGACCCACCACGCCGCCACUCUCCACCAUGACCACCCUGGAAGACCUCGCCCUGCACUACCGCUACAGCCUGUACCCGUACCUGCCGCAACUGCCGCCGCCAGGACUGCCCCUGCCGUCCGGCCUGCCCCCCACGAUGAUGCCCCUGGGGCCGGCGCUGGCGCCGGGGCUGGGCUCGGGGAUGCGCUACGAGCCGCUGUCGCUGAUGACCACCGCGACGCCACCCCCGCUGGACCUGUCCGUCAAGACGACGACGCCGGCGACGCCUAUCACGCCACCAUCGACGCCGUCGCCGGCGUCGCCGUCCAGUCGGAAGCGCCUGCACGAGUCCGUGACCCCCGUCAAGCUGGAGCCGAGCAACAACAACGACGACAGCGCCGUGAACCACAACGUGCACAACGUGCACAACGUGUCUGUCGCCGGCCUGCCGCCCUCCAAGCGGCCGCCCUCCGCCGCCAAGCCCACCGCCACCGUCGCGCCCGCCAAGAAGAUGAAGGCCGUCCGCAAGCUCAACUUCGACGAGGACAAGAGCUCGCCCGUCUCGGGCACCAUCAUCCGGGACAUCGGCGAGGUCCUGGACAGCGAGCUGGUGGUGCGGAAGGGCGACAUCGACCCGGCCUUCAACGUGGUGGAGGUGACCGAGGAGGCCAAGGCGGAGAUCGCCGCCAUCGAGAACAAGAUCGGCGACUACGUGUGCCGGCUGUGCCGCGAGCUCUACGACGACGCCUUCGCCCUGGCGCAGCACCGCUGUUCCUGCAUCGUCCACGUGGAGUACCGCUGCCCCGAGUGCGACAAGGUGUUCAACUGCCCCGCCAACCUGGCGUCGCACCGGCGCUGGCACAAGCCCAAGCAGACCGCGGCGCCCUCCUUGGCCGACUCGAAGCAGGCCAGCAAGCUGGACGAGCAGGAGCAGCCCGACGCCAAGGAGGCCGACGCCAGCCUCCCGCAGAUCCCGUGCCCGGUUUGCAACAAGCGGUUUCGGCGGCAGGCGUACCUCCGUAAGCACCUGGCCACCCACUCCAGCUCGGUACCCGGCUUCAGCACCCUGGAAAACAACAUUAUGGGCAUGAACAUGUCCAUGGACAUGCCCCUGCAGCUGACGGCCGCCAACUGACAUCCGCUGGGAGGGCCUGGCGUCCCAGCCACGCCCUCCUCCACGGUGUCCUCAUCGAGUCCCUUGACGAGCCCGUUGACCAGCCCGGGGGCCAUCCCGCUGCCCUUCCACCACCA